CCGACCGACAACCGACGUCCAUUCAUAGAGUGCCUUAUAUUUUUUGUGGGGUCGCCAGAUCUCUCCGAUCCGUUCCUUUCCGAUCCGAUCCGAUCCGCAGAAUCAGUCAAGAGUCCGGGCCCGAUCGGUAUUCGGUUAUAUUUCGCGAGUGUGGUUUUUCGCGAGCGCGGAGGAGGUGGAAAAUCCCACGGUUGUUACGAGUUUACGUUCUCGAAAUGAUCGGCUAGCGAUCCCUCAGAACCAUACGAACGGUCAGUGCGAGUGUUCGGUGCUCCGAUCGCGAGAAGAAUUCUCCUCGAAUGUGUGUCUUGUGAUGUUUGGGAACAUGGGAAAAACGGGCGCAAAGGAUGCGCCACAACUUCUGGAAAGAACGAAAUUAACAAAAGUAUAAGAGGAGCACAGCAAAAAAAGGAAGAUCCAGCCCAAAAGGCAACGAAUAUAAAAAUCAAAAUAAAAAGUGCGGACAAAAGCAGAGUCGCGCGACUUGGGUCUUCGGCCUGGGAUUCUGAUUAAAGCGCGCGUUUAAUUUCAUUUUUUACGCUACUCCCUGGUCAUCGAACAUCCUACACCCCGCCAUAUCCCCCAGCGAGUGGGCCCGAAAAAACAAAAAAAAAUACAAUUCCCCAGUUGGACUCCACCCUUGGCCAGGCUUUUGAUUCGCUGUUCAACUUUUUGGCCUGGAACUUUUUGUUUGUUUCGUUCGCCUGUAUCGCGAAACCUGGCCGACGACUCCUUGGCAAUAUUCCUUUUGACCGCUGCUCAGUACGCCGGCAGCUUUCUCCGUGUGCGUACGCAGCCUCUGCCGCAGACAGCAGCAGAAAACAAAAAAAAAACAAAAGAAAAAAAGUGAAAGAUCAGGAAAGAUCAGCCGGAUCAGAUCGGUGAUCAUGUCGCCCGGGAUUCCCUGAUGAAAUAUAUAAAAAAAAUCCACUCAACUUGAGCCGCUUGAUUAAUUCGCACACGUCAACGAUAUUCAAAUAAGCAUCUCGUGUACUCAUCGUGGCCGCAAUAAAAACGGCUUUAACUUUAACUACCUGCCAAAAAGAAACAAAAAUAAAAACAUUAUAUAGCACUCGCUCACUGAAAAAAACAAAAUAGCUCAACGGGCCAGAAUUUGGUUUGUUGCCGCUGCAUUUUGCGGCUCCAAUCGAUAUGCGUUUGCUCAUGGUAAUUGCAAUUUUAAUAUUCGCAAUGCCAAUGACUGGAUUCGGCUGGGCCGAAGGCACCAACAUCCUUCUCGAUCCAAAUCUAAUGUGCAAAAAGACACGUCGUCUGCGGGGCAAGUUGGCCGAAAUCUGCCGGCACGAUUCGGCCCUGCUCAAAGAGAUCAUCAUCGGUGGCAUCAACCUGGGCUUCCGCGAAUGCGAAUUUCAAUUCCGCAACCGCCGGUGGAAUUGCACUGUUCUGCGCAAGAGCAUGAGGAAAAUCUUAAUGCGCGACUCUCGAGAAACGGGCUUCGUGAACGCAAUCACAGCCGCUGGAGUGACCUACGCGGUGACGAAGGCCUGCACGAUGGGUCAGUUGGUGGAGUGCUCCUGCGACAAGGCGCACAUGCGCCGAAACGGCGGGCAGCCCCAAAUGGUGACGGCGGCAACCGCAGAGGCCACUUUAGAGCGGCAGCAACAGGCGGCGAUGCUGCGGCAACAGAUGCCCCUGCAGGAUCAGCAUCUCACCCAGCAGCAGCGAAUGAAUCGCAUCAACAACGGCAGUACCAUGACGGAUUUGUCUCCGCUGGAGAACCGAAACGGGCGGAAUCGAAGGCCCGGUGGGAGGCGGGGGCGUCGCAAGUUCUGGGACAACAUCAAGUUCCCAGAAGGUCAGUGGGAGUGGGGCGGAUGCAGUGACAAUGUGAACUUUGGCCUUCGUCACUCGCGCGUUUUCCUCGACGCCAAGCAAAGGCAACGGCGCAGCGAUCUCGGCACGCUUGUGAAGUUGCACAACAAUAAUGCAGGACGAUUGGCCAUUCGCGAUGCCAUGCGACUGGAGUGCAAGUGCCACGGCCUAUCCGGCUCCUGCACGGUGAAAACCUGCUGGCUGAAGAUGCCUCCGUUUCGGGAAGUGGCAGGACGACUGCGCGAUCGGUACGAUAGUGCCAGGAAGGUGACGCUGCGCAACGAUGGGGACAGCUUCAUGCCGGAAGUGCCGCACACGAGGCCGGCGAACAAGUACCAACUCGUGUUUGCAGAUGAUUCGCCCGACUUUUGCACACCCAACUCGAAAACCGGUGCGCUGGGAACUCAGGGUAGGGAGUGCAAUGUGACCAGUUCGGGAUCCGAUCGCUGCGAUCGAUUGUGCUGCAAUCGAGGACAUACUCGCAGGAUUGUCGAGGAGCAAACCAACUGCAAAUGCGUUUUCAAGUGGUGCUGCGAGGUGACCUGCGAAAAGUGCCUGGAGCAUCGAGCGGUUAACACAUGUCUUUGAAAGGGGAUCUGGAUCCCAUUCACCAUCAUUAUUUGUAUUAUUUUCUUCGGUUUAGACAGGAAUAGAAUUUUGAAAGCUUUCCAUUUCGCGUGAUAGAAAACACACACUUACAGAGAAAACGUUUUAAGUAUUAACUAACAAGUGAACACGAGUAUCUCUAAUCUUUUAGCUAGUUGUAAAUACAAAAUAAAACUCACAUAAACAUGCCUACGUUAUAUCAUUCAUAUACAACUCAUGUAAGCCUUGUAAAUAGUUGUAAUAAAAAUUAAAGAAAAACUAAA